GCCGCAGGAAGACGGAAAGCUCCACACACACACACAUCCUCCCCAAAAAACAAAAAGCGAAGCAAGGAGAGCGAGCUACCAUCACCAAAACCCAAACCCUAACCAACGCCACCACCACCGUCCCUACGCUUCUGUUGUUUGUGGGACGCGCAGCAGAUCGGCGCCCGGAUCCAAUGGCGCGCUUAUUGCUGCUGCUGUAGCGUAGGGCGGCGAGGAGACCGGUGCUCGGAUGCGGCCGAUCCGAGGCAUCGGCGAGGAGGAGGACGAGGGGAUGUCGUCCGCGCCGGCGCCAGGUGGGGCGUUCGACCGCUACGUCCAGCGCGGUGGCGCGGUGGCGGUGCUGGCCUCAAGCGGCAACACGGUUUUCAAGAGUGGACAUCUCUUCAUAUCGUCCAAAGGACUUGGAUGGAAAUCAUGGAAAAAACGCUGGUUCAUCCUCACACGAACAUCAUUAGUUUUCUUCAAGAGUGAUCCUAAUACCUUGCCCCAGAGAAGUGGUGAAGUGAGUGCUACUCUUGGUGGGAUUGAUUUAAACAAUUCUGGCAGGUAUUUAUCUCAUUCUAUUAACACCUUUUCUUUUAUGGAUGUUGUGCGGGGCAUUAAUACUAUAUCAAAGUAUAUUUUCUUGUGCAGUGUGGUAGUCAGAGAAGACAAAAAAUUGUUGACUGUCCUUUUCCCAGAUGGUCGUGAUGGUCGUGCCUUCACCCUUAAGGCAGAAACUUCUGAAGAUUUAUUUGAGUGGAAAGCAGCAUUAGAAGAAGCUCUUGCACAGGCUCCAAAUGCAGCUCUUGUGAUGGGGCACAAUGGGAUAUUUCGCAAUGACACUUGUGAUGCAUAUGAAACAACGGCUCCAAAUUGGCGAGAGAAAAGGCCAGUCAAGUCACUAGUUGUUGGCAGGCCAAUUCUGCUUGCGCUCGAAGAUAUUGAUGGCCGCCCUUCUUUUCUAGAAAAAGCUCUGCGUUAUCUUGAGAAACAUGGGAUAAGGGUGGAAGGAAUUUUGCGCCAGGCUGCCGAUGUGGAGGAGGUUGAUAGGAGGCUAUGUGAAUAUGAACAAGGAAGAACCGAGUUUGCACCAGGCGAGGAUGCACAUAUUAUUGGUGACUGUGUGAAGCAUGUUCUUCGUGAGCUACCAUCUUCGCCAGUGCCUGCUUCUUGUUGUACAGUUUUAUUGGAAGCUUUUCGCUUGGAGACCAAGGAAGCUCGGAUAAAUGCUAUGCGUUCAGCUAUAUCUGAGACAUUUCCUGAGCCUAAUCGGCGCUUGUUACAGAGAAUCUUGAAAAUGAUGUAUAUUGUUGCUUCUCAUACCAUGGAGAAUCGGAUGACCGCAUCAGCAGUUGCUGCCUGUAUGGCCCCUCUCUUGUUGCGUCCGCUUUUGGCUGGGGAGUGUGAGAUGGAUGACGUAUUUGAUAUGGAUGGUGAUGAUUCUGCCCAGCUUCUUGCUGCUGCAAAUGCUGCAAACAGCGGUCAGGGCAUUGUUGCAACUCUCUUGGAGGAAUAUGAGAUUAUAUUUGAUGAUGACCGUCUUGUCAGAUCUUCCCCAUCACCUGGGUCUCAGAUUGAAGACAGUGGCAGUGAAGUAUCAACUGAUGAUGUAAAUAUGGACACAAAAGAUAAUGGAUUUCAUGAUGCAGAAAAUGAUGUAGAUCAAGAAAUGGACGAUGACAAUGGUGCAGAGCGUAUACUUAGUGGAAAAUUGAGUGAGAGCAGUGGGUAUGCUGGGAGCGACCUAUAUGAUUACAAGGUUCAUGCUGAUGAUUCAGAUGCUGAUUGCUCUGUUGAUGAUAAAGGACUGGAAGAAGAGACAGAUUUAAGCAAAGUUCCAAAAAUUCAUUCAUCUGAAAAUGUUUCAAAAAAUAUGGAAAUGCCUCUGAGUGAAAAGAAUCCUUCCAACCCAACAUCCGGUCAUGAAACUCCAUUGUCUAUGGGAGAGAUCCUUUCUUCUUUGGAUCCUGGAAUUACUUUACCUAGUAACAGUUCGGAAUAUUCUGCAGACAGACACUCGAACAAAACUAAUGGAUCUCACUCACAUGUGAAGCGCAGUAACUUUUGGGGGCGUAAUAGUGCAAGAAAGAGUCAGCAUUCAGAAUCAGUCGACUCAUCUGGUGAAGAAGAGCUUGCGAUUCAAAGGCUUGAAAUUGCGAAGAAUGAUUUGCAGAACAGAAUUGCCAAAGAGGCUCGGGGUAAUGCAGUUUUACAGGCGAGUUUAGAAAGAAGAAAGCAAGCACUACGUGAACGCCGUUUGGUCCUGGAACAGGAUGUGUCCAGAUUGCAAGAGCAGCUACAAGCUGAGAGAGAUCUUAGAUCUGCACUGGAGGUUGGGUUGAGCAUGUCUUCUGGACAGUUUUCAAGUCCACGUGCUAUGGACUCAAAGACAAGGGCUGAGCUUGAGGAGAUUGCUCUCGCUGAAGCUGACGUUGUGAGGUUAAAACAGAAGGUGGCUGAACUUCACCUCCUACUCAAUCAACAACGCCAACAACAAUAUGGCCCAUCUCUUGAUGCAAAUGAUCGUUAUCACUGUAAUCCUGGCCAUUUUUCACAGCAAAACUUUGUUCAACCAGGAUUUGACAUGAACCUUGCCUUUUGCAAUCAAGAGAAGCACAGAAAUGAGGAGAGCAGCUCGGUGGAUGCAUCUCAAUGGAGGAACAUCAAACAGCAUGUGCUACCUUAUGGUUCUUCAAGGCCACUAACCCGCAAGCUUUCCCUAGACGCAUCUUCAAGUGAUUCAAGAGGCAUGGAGGCAUCAACAAGCAUGUCAUCAGAGAGCACUUCUGUGGUAAUCAAUGUUCCCAAGUUAGCCGAGGGUGUUGGAUAUGGGAGGCAGCCAAUGGUGGCAUCUUCCACUUUGGUAGAACUAACAACUAGGCUAGAUUUCUUUAAAGAACGGAGGUCGCAGCUGAUGGAACAACUCCAUAGUCUUGAUUUAGGGCAUGGAUCUGCUUCUCAGGGUUUUCAGUACAAGCCGCCUUCUCCUUGGAACAGUCCAAGGUAGGAUAUGCUCAUUGUAUAUCCUGGGUAGAGAGAUUCUUCCUCCGUCUUCAUCAUUUGGUGGUAGUGUAAAUUCAUUUUCCUUCUCUAAUACGGGCUCAACGUUUUGUUGUUACAUUAGGUAGCUAUUUGAGCCUUGAGUGUGCUGUUGUAGCCUCAUUUAUGCAAUGUGUCAAGGGGUGUAUUUGAAACAAGUUUUUCAGAGAUGUGGUAUAUACGUAUAUGUUUUUGUUU